GCAGUCUGCAAUAGAAGGAAACAAACACUCCUGAUUAAAGAAACUUCUUGAUAUCAACUUCCUGGUAGUUUAAAUUCACAUUACGUUCUUCCAUUGCUCAUUCUAUCACACAGCAUCCUCAUAUUAGUUUGUGAACGCAUUUCUAAUUUUUACCUAAUCAUCAUUCAAAUACUCGUAGGAGUCAGCUGUACAAUUUCUUUUGUGAGCGACAAACUUCCUACUAGGACUCCUAGGUCAAUCAUGUGUCAGUUUAUCUAAUGGAAUGUAUCAUUGCCAGCGGCUAUCCUGGACCUCGGGUUUCUACUUAGUAACGUGUACCGUUCCUCUAACGUUCCGUUCCAAUCCGUUACGCUCUCGGAAAGCAUAGUGCAACAGAGAAAGAAGUGGAGACAGACCGAUGUAAAUAUAAAGAAAUAUUAUGACGAAUAAGUGGGAGAGAAGAUCGAGGUUACGGCCACGUCCGCUUGCCAGCGUUCUCAUUUACUCUUGGAGCAUCGACACCGGCACGAUGUCGAUGUCUUCCUCCCAUGAAUUCAACGCUGAAAGUAGAACAACGCCACACGAGAGAGUAGACGUCGGUGUCGAUCAGCACUUCUAAAGGAAUGGCCACUUUGUGCAGUCAGAUUGUUUAUCGAUGACAAAAUAUACAUAUAUAUUUCUGAACAAAAGAUAUUAGCCAGAUUUUGGAUCGAAUAUUAAUGACCAAUGCGGAAACGGCCUACGCCAUAAUAAAUAUAUGUCUCGCCAAGGUCUUCUGGACGUUUGAUCAUCGUCUUAUAAAUAUCUUAUGUAUAUGCUAUUAGGACUGUCUCUUGCAUAAGUUCAUGAUGUGGGAACUUAAAAAGGGACCCGGAAUCAAAUAUUCAUUUGAUACAGUAAAUAUAGUCAGGACUAUAUUUUGUGAUUCAUAGACAAACUUUCAGCUGAUUCUUGUCUGCUUGUAUGUCGUCAGCAUGUCAGAGUGGCUGCCUAAAAACUGUGUCAAGGAAUUCGGGAAAAAGCAAGGACACUUCCGUUACACUGAAAGCCUCGUUAUGACUGAAUGAUUCAAAAGUUUUACUGAGUACGAGUACAUAAUCACCAGAAAUUUAAAAUAGGUGCGGAGGAACAGAGGCUACGUUAUUUUUGAACGACCUCGACAAUGGCACCGAACAGUAUUCAUCUUACAGUUUGUAUAUGUCUAACGUAAAAAGUGCCGACCAUCGUAGGAUUAAUCAGCAACUUUGAAAUGGCUGGGACGUCGCUUUCGUUUCUUUCUUGGUAUCGUUUGCCACCACCUCUCACUGUCCUAUGUCUUCAGUAAAUCUUAAUUCAUUAGAAAGGAUCGAGGUUUAAUACCUUUAGACGACGUCGUUGAUUGAACACGUAUAAAAUGCUUUUUUACAGAAUGCAAGACGUUUGCGUGUCAGCAAGUCACGCGCUAAUUUUUCUAUUUAUUUUGUUUUUCUUUAUUUAUCACUUUUCUACUUUAAUGUAACUGCUAAGAAAUAAUAAUACGGCCUGAAGUCUAUCUCUCUCUGUCUCUCUGUUAAUCUCGUUGAGAAGUGUAGAGAGGGAGAGAGAGAGAGAGAGAGAGAGAGAAAGAAAGAAAGAAAGAAAGAAAGAGAAAGAGAGAUGCCGUCAGAGCAUCUUAACUGUAUUCAGCAAAAUCACGCCUUCCUGGAGAUUGAUGUUAAGAUACUUCAUUGGUCAAUAAAAACUGGUGGCUAUGAAUUUUAUUCAAUCAAUAAUUUUUAUUGCAUAGAAUAUAUUUAUGCUUGACGGAAUUUGUAGGUACAAAGAAUCAAUCACGUAACUCACUGCAGCUAAGGAUGCCGUUAAAUAGCUAAUGAUAUUAGUGGGAUUGGAAAAUGAAUUACUGAGGCUUCGAAAUUCAAUUGACAAAUAUACAGGUUGCCAUGUUGUAUACACACCUUACAAGAAACAAGUACUGUCGAAUUCAGAACAAUGAAUUAAGAAUUGAUGACCCAUAGGCUUAUGGAGACGUUAGAUGAUUAUAGUAUUUGUUGCCUUCCCAGGAAAAUAGUAUAUUACGAUACGAAUGCGUGGCUUCAUCUUCACUAAGAACAUUUGCCAGUAAUGGUCCAAGUCGAUUAGGUAAUGCUUGUCGAAUUGAAUGAGAAAACUCGUAUAACUCAGUUUGUCGUCCUACAUUAUCUCAGGAUGAUUUGAAUACAUUGGACCACUGGACGUAGGAAGAAGCGGGAAAGAGCAAAGAAUGCGAAGUCGUGUCAAGCUCGAGCCGGUGUAUGAAGGGGUUGAGAAUAUCUGCAGUAAGAGAUGUGUUAUCUCCCACGGAAGUUCCCGUUACCUCCUCAUGAUGCAUUCUGCCGUUCAUUUCCUGCAUUCUCUUGAGACUUCUUCAUAAUGACUCUAGACGGCAAUCCAUAACCUAAAAACUGACUGCAGACAUGGCGAAGGCAUUGCACGUGUGUUUGAUUGGGUACUUCUCCCAGCUUGAGAAAUUGGACGUAAAAUGGAGAGAUUUAUUGAGUGUCAUUGAUAAGCCUGUUAACAGUUUAAUUAAUUAUUCAGAACAGCUCCAAUUAGUGACCAGUAAAGAGGUUGAUAAUGCAGAAAUCUGCAGCGUGGACGGACUAAGAGAGAAACUCAUCUUUAAGAUCAACAUGGGGAUCGAAGAUGAAAUAGCCCUGGUGCUUGAUGUUGUCUCACAACUUAAUAACGCUAAUCAGUCGUUAAAAAAUAAAUUAGACACUCUUGAAUCAGCGAGGGACAAAGUUUCUUUAGAUGAUCCAUCGUUGCAAUAUCUGUUGGACGGCUCGCCAUUAAGACCACGUUUAAAUCUUCUCUUGGAAUUUGCCAUUGAUGGUUACAAAUUCUAUGACCAACUUUACAGGAACAUCAGCACAUGCAUGAAAACCUUAGAUUGCAAAUAUCCUAGGAGUCUCGAAAAUCUUUCAAAAUCAUUAAUUCAAAAUAAUCAAAGACGAACGACUAUAGACAGAAUACUGGCAUUCACGCAAUACUUGGAACAAGAGAGCAUUCCUAAUUAACUUUAGCUAUCUACACUCAAGUAUCCAAUUCACUCGUGUAUAAUGAGGUCUCCAAUAUAUGAUGACAUAAUUUUCUAUUUAUCUAUUCAAUAAAUCGAUCGUAGGAAUUCCACGAGUAUUUUAUAA